ACCCCAGACACCAUGGCCUGCUGCAACACCAGCUUCUGUGGAUUCCCCAGCUGCUCCGGCGGGACCUGUGGCUCCGGCUGCUGCCAGUCCACCUGCUGCCAGCCAACCUGCUGCCAGACCAGCUGUUGCCAGCCAGCCUGCUGUGGGACCGGGUGCGGGACCGGCUGUGGCACUGGCUGUGGCCAGGGUUGUGGCUGUGGAGCUGUGAGCUGCCGCACCAGGUGGUGCCGCCCUGACUGCCGCGUGGAGGACACCUGCCUGCCCCCCUGCUGCGUGACCAGCUGCACGCCCCCAACCUGCUGCCAGCUGCACCAUGCCCAGGCCUCCUGCUGCCGCCCGUCCUACUGUGGACAGUCCUGCUGCCGCCCUGCCUGCUGCUGCUACUGCUGUGAGCCCACCGGCUGCCAGCUCACCUGUUGUGAGCCCACCUGCUAAAAAGCCAAGUUGCUGAUUUUCAACCUGAAGUCUCAUCUUCCAACUUAAGCCAUGAACCGAUUACAUGUUCAACCACCCUUGGGCUGCUAACAAGUUCUCGAACUUUUAUUUGGCUUUUUUGUGGAGGUUACCAGAUAUGAGACGCACAGGCCUCUCUUCCUCACAAAGCUUGAUCUCCCCACGGAGGCUGCAAAACACAAGUUGGACUGAAGAAACAGGAAAACCAAUUUGUGCUGGGAUUGACCUUCGGCGACCGU